AUGGACUUGGCCAAUGGGACCGCAGUUCAGGAAUUCAUUUUGGUGGGAUUUGAAGUCGGGCGGCUGCAACGACUCCUGCUCCUUGGGUUUUUCACUCUUCUCUACUUGCUCGCCAUGGCUGAGAACAUCACCAUCAUCACGCUGGUACAUCUCGACACCCACUUGUCCCGGCAUCCCAUGUACAUCCUGCUGAGCAACUUCUCCUGGUUGGAGAUCUGUUACGUGAGCACCACCGUGCCCCGAAUGCUCUUAGACCUGGCAUCGUCCAACAAGAUUGUUUCAUUCAGUUCCUGUUUCCUCCAAUUUUACAUCUUCUUUUCUCUCGGCAGUACUGAGUGCUUCUUCCUCUCUUCCAUGGCCUUGGAUAGGUACUUGGCCAUCUGCCACCCUCUGCGUUAUCCACAGAUCAUGUCCCCAAACUUUUGCUAUGCCCUAGUUACUGCAUCUUGGGUCCUUGGUUGCCUGGCAUACAUUGUCCCGGUGGUUUUGAUCUCCAAGAUGUCUUUCUGUGGCCCCAACAUCAUUGACCAUUUCUUGUGUGAUCCAGGGCCCAUUCUGGCUUUGGCUUGCCCUCCGCUACCAAAUGCUCCCCUCAUUAGUCUGAUUUUCAUGGAUGUUGUGGUGAUAUUAGGCAACAUCUUGUUCGUCGUGCUGUCCUACGGUUCUGUGAUAGCCACACUGAUGAAAAACUCUAGCAAAGGCAAUCGGUUGAAGUCCUUCUCCACCAUAUCAUUCCACUUGUUGGUGGUCACACUUUUCUAUGGCCCGUCAGCAGGGUUGUACGUGAUGCCAAGUGGAGAAACUGAUUCAAACGUCACUAAGAUAGUAACACUCUUCUAUACCGCCGUAACACCCUUUCUCAACCCCAUGAUUUACUGUCUGAGGAAUGAUCAGGUAAAGGAGGCACUGUGCAGGUUAUGGAGAAAGAAGGCAAUAUUUCUGAAGAGGAAAGUAACAGUGUAA